AUGGCCACCGAGGAUCUGCUGCCGCCUCUGUUGCCCGUCGAUGCGCAGCACCAUGGCGCCUGGGUGGUCAUUGCGGCGGCGAUGGGCCUGACCAUCACGCUUGCUUCGUUGUCUAUACGCCUCUAUGUGCGGCUUUCCAUCAGCCCUUCGUUUGGCAUAGACGACAUUGUAUUUCUGGCCGCUACGAUCUGCACUGUCAUACAAAAUGGAACCAUAUUCAGCGCAGUUUCAAAAGGCUUCGGCAGUGCCAUAGAACAGAUAGCACCCGGCAACUUGCAGUACGUCCAAAAGGCAUUGUUUACAGCAGACUUCUUCUAUCUGGUCGCCUUGUAUCUCACCAAAUGCUGCGUCGUCACUGUUUUUCUGCGUCUCACGCCGGUCAAAAGCCACAACUGGGCGACUUGGGCAACGUUUGCAUUCUCGACAGCCUGGAUGAUUGCUUCAGUGCUAUUGGUUGGCAUCAACUGCGCACUAAACAUGCCUUUCGAGGCCCUUGGGGGAAAUUGCCCCAGCCUGUUUCUGCGAUGGCAGCUUAUUAGUGCGUUCGACAUUAUGAUUGAAGGCUGUCUCUUCUGCCUUGCGGUUUACCUCGUGUUCGGGCUUCAGAUGUCGAUGGCACGGAAGCUGGUCGUUCUCAGCACAUUUGGCUCUCGAAUACCACUCGUUAUCUUUGUUGGGUUCCGGCUACAUGUUUUUAACAAAGGAUAUAGAGCACCCGACCGGUCCCUGGAUAUGGUUGACACAGCUGUUUGGACACAAAUAGCGCUUCAUUUCAGUGUUAUUGCUUGCACGAGCUACUGCUUGAAGCCAUUCAUGGCCGCGGUGAGCACCAACUAUGGCGUUGCCGGUGGCACAAGCAGCGGGACAACAGGUGGGACCAGCAGCUACCGAAAACGACAUGGCUAUGCGACGGACGAGGCUGAGCGGUCUGCGACCGGCAGCUAUGCGCUCAAAGAGCUGGGGAAUAAUAACGCUGCAGGCAAAUUGCGAAGCUUCGACCACGCCGAUGCUCAAGGCAACACGCACGAGCCGGGAGGGCCCGUGUUUAGAUGCGACGAGGCUAGCCAUCAGGCGGCGGUGACGGCAGCCAGCAUCGCCAGCAACGAGAGCACGAAGAUGAUCAUCAAAAAAGACGUGGCGUACACGAUCCAAUACGGGCCGCGCGAAAACCCCAAGGCACAUUGGGACGAAGACGACGAUGGGCCAGUUAGCAGGAGCGCCUGGGGCCCGUGA